UCCUUUCUUAUUUCGCAGCCCGCCGCGCAGAGACGAGCAUUUGUAGUGUUCUCCUCAGCUCGUGUCUUGAAUAUUGGCGUUAUUAUUAUUAUUUAACAAUGUGGGAAAUUGAGGAGUUGGAUGUCGAGCCUGUUACUACAGUAAUUCCAUGGGUUAACUCCAGUAAGUGUCGGCUAGGGUUUGAAUGGGGUCCAGGAGACAUGCUGUUUUACGAGACCGUAAAAGGUGGUGGUCCCAAGGGUAAAGUAUGCCCACUAAUUCAUGUUGUUAGGAAGGAUGAAGAAAUGUAUUCUCCAAUCCUUAGGAAACUCUUUAAUGAAUCCCAUCACAUUUUUGUGGGCUUACAGAGGAGUCAAGAGGAAUCUACAAGCAAACCAAAGACCCAUCAGUUUGUUAGCAUAAGUAAGAAUUACAGAUCUGUCAUUAGAGCCUGCAUUGAGGAACUACAGCAUAUUGCAGUUUCAUCAGCAGUUUCUGCUUUAACACCACAAGAUUAUAACCAGAUUUCCAUUCUUCUGGCCGUGGAAUUAAUCUGGAAUCUGUGUGAGAUUCUUUUCAUUGAAGCAGCCCCUGCUGGAACUCUCCUUCUACACCUCUUGGAUUGGGUGCAGGUGCAUAAUGCAGGUGUAGAUGAUGAAGCACAAGAGUUGUUGCAUAGUGAGGACCCUGCACAACAUCCAAAAUUUUGGGAUGUGGUCAUUUGCUAUGUGCUACAAGGUCGAAUACAAGAAGCUCGACAGUUACUUGCCAAACAAGCUACCCAGAAGCCUGCUGCCUCGAGCAUGUUUAAAACUAUGGAUGGGCUGUUGAAGAAAAUGCCCGUUUUCAAUCCCAGUGGAAACCAGACUUUAACAGAGUUUGAACUAAAGUGGGGACACUGGUAUGAGGAGUGUAAUCGUCACUUAGAGGACAGUUCCUUUGCAUCUAAUUCUAACAUGGAAACUGUUUGCAAGAUUUUGUUAGGUGAUAAAGACACCUUAUUGAGUCAAAAAAAGCAUUUGACCAACUGGUACCACUUUCUGGUAACAAGGCUUUUGUACACCCACCCAGCUGUCAAGCCCCAGGAUCUUCAAUAUUAUGCUCAGGAGUGCAUGGUUCUGUUCUUGAAAAAUCGGAUUGAGCCAGAGCCCCUGGACAGCAUUCUGCUAGCUGCCUUUAAGUUUGACAUUCUGCAGGUUAUCAAAGACUGCAGCAUUGCUCUAAAUAACUGGUGGUUUGUUGCUCACCUGACAGACCUUCUGGAUCACUGUAAAUUGUUACAGUCUCACAACCUCAACUUUGGGUCUAAUCUCAGAGAAUUUCUGCUUCUAGAAUAUGCUUCUGGACUUUUCACACAUCACAGCUUGUGGCAAUUGGCAGUUGACUACUUUGAUUACUGCCCCGAGUUUGGAAAGGCAUACCUGGAGCUGCAUAUCGAGAGAGUGUCUCUGGACACCGAGAGAAAGGCGCUAAAGGUGCUGCGCAUUUGUGAGCAGAGACAGAUGACCGAGCAAGUACGCAGCAUAUGCAAGAUCAUGGCUAAGAAGUCGCUCCACAACAACCGCCUGGGCUCGGCCUUGUCUUGGAGCAUUCGAGCGAAAGAUGCUGGCUUUGCCACUCUCAUCUCUGACAGAUUCUUGGAGGAUUACUGUUCUCGAGGCUCCUUCUCUGACCUUGAGCUCAUUGACAACUUAGGAACGUCAAUGCUGCUUAGUGACAGACUCACAUUUCUGGGAAAGUACUGCGAGUUUCACAGACUGUAUGGUGAAAAGCGGUUCACAGAGGCUGCAAAACUGCUGCUGUCUCUCAUGACAGCCAGACUGGCCCCUCGCAGCUUCUGGAUGACUCUCCUAACUGACGCACUUCCUCUGUUGGAGCAAAAAAAGGUGAUAUUUUCAGCUGAACAAACAUACGAGUUAAUGCAGUGUCUGGAGGAGCUGACUUCUUGUUCUGAACAAAAUGAACGUCCAUCUGAGCAGGAAGAUGACAUUGAGCUCACUAAAGUAGAGCUUCUGCGUCUGGCACUUGCACGAAAUCUGGCAUCAGCCAUUGUCCAGGAGGGUUCAGUAAAUGCUUUUUAGAUACGACCACUGGUGUGUUUUCUAUCUUUAUAAGCCUGUACAUAAGCCAAGUUUGUCAUUCUUUUUUUAUGUCUACAGCAAUAAAUGUAUUAUUUGCAAU